ACGAAUACAUUUUCGAAAAAUAAUUGAAAUGGAGCACAGCGAAAAGAAUCAAUUCUCGGGAAGGACAUUCCAACAACUGGAGGCACAACUAAAUCUGUGCACCAUGGAGCUCGGCGAGAUCGAGGGAGAAUUCAUCGAGAGGGCUGCACAGAUAAGUGCAACGGAGAGGGCUCUCAACCAAAACAAUCAAAAAAUUGUCGAGCUAAACGAUGCAGUACAAAAGUUGAAGCUCGACCAAGAUAUGGUGGCGCAGGAGCUCGAAGUUAUAGACACGCAGAUGGGAAGUCUAGCAGAGACACUGGUGCCUUUAGAGAAGAAGUUUGAAGAACUACCUUGCGCUGAACUCAAUCAGACCAGCAGAUUGGCCGAAAAUUUGGAUAUGCAGCUGAAAAAUAUGUCCGGUGAUUUGCAUGAACUUGUCGGACGUCUAAAGCAGAACAAUGAGGAGCAGAGCGAUGCAGAUCCCGUCGCACAGAUUGGAAAUAUACUCAACACUCAUGUGGAGUCCUUGGAUUGGGUCAGUUCACAAACGAAUGCCAUUCAGCAGAAGCUGAAUGAGAUGGAAAAAGCCAAAAACAACCUCAAGCGUUAAUAGUUCUUAAUAGAACAGGACUUUUUGAAUCCAUUUGUUCAAUAAAUUUAAAUUAUUUAUACCAUCACACAUCCUCUUUGGCCAAUCUACGCAAAAUUUAAACGA